AUGGCCCCGGCGAAAGAAAUCAGAACGGACCUCGUCCAGAACGCAGAGCUCACUGGGCUCAUCCUAGAACUCCUCCUGGAAAUUGGCGAAGAGGAAGAAGUGUCAAAGCAUCUAAGCGAAGCUUCAAAGCCUCAUCAACAUUGGAUCCUCCGUCGAAGCGCGGCGAUAUGCUGUACCAAGCUCAUGUUUGAGCGGGAAAAGAAAACAGUGCCAUCCCAAGUGUCUGAGUGUCUACUCAGAUGUUGGGUAGAUGAGGAUGGAGAUGUGCGCGAACCAAUUGUAGAGCGACUGGGAGACAUUCCAUUUAUUGAUGGCAAGUCUCCGUUUAUGGACUUUUGGCAUGAGAAGGCGGAACAAGGAAAUGCGCUGGAAAUAUUGAUUCGAAUCGGGUUCAAGAAUGAGAGCGAAGCCUUCAGCUUGUUUCAAGAGCGAGCUACUGCAUUUGACGUCGUUAAUCUGAAUCAAAACUUCGAACCAGUUCUGAUGACUCGUCUUGCUCUCUAUGGAAUCAAGAAACUAGCAGAUACGGAUGAUAUGGAAAAAUUACGAACGAUAUCAAGAAGCCUGACUAAACUACUGAAAGAGAUAUCGCACGAAAACGAAAAGCCAACGGAAGUGACAAAGCUACAGUACAGAUUACUGUCAGAUUUUAUCGCUGAACUCUAA